CAAUUUCACACCACGGCAUAGGAAACAAUAAUUGUAAUUGCGAAAAAACAGAUUUUUUUGCGAUUUCAAGAUUUAAUUACCAAUAAAUUAAUCAAGUUCUAACGUUAUGUUUGUCGUUUUUUAAGUGUAUAAAGCAUUGACAAAUAUUUGGUUUAAAUUGCGCGAAUAAUUUUACAGCAUUUCGCCUCAAGUGCCGAUUUUGUGUUCGGUUUUUCUGUUCGCAUAUUAUAUCUUUUCUGAGGCGAAUAGAAGAAGCAUAAAGCAUACAGACUGUAGGAAAAGGCGCAAUAUUUUAAUUGGAAUCUGUUUGCUAAAAAAGAUCAGCAUCACACCCACGUGCACUUAUUUCUGUAAAGAAUACCGGGACAAAAUUAACGCGGACAGUACAAGACGUCGACGAGAACGUUGCUUUUACUAUAAGGCAAUGGCGAUGCUUUCAACAGAUGAAGCCAGUAAAUUGCUGGACUUCUCACAAAAGCUUGAUAUCAAUCUUCUCGAUCGCAUAGUCGAGUGCUUAUACACUUCCCAAGGUGAGCAGCUUCGUCUGGCCCAAGAUAUACUCACCACGCUCAAGGAGCAUCCGGAUGCAUGGACGCGUGUUGAUAGUAUUUUGGAGUUUUCACAAAAUCAACAGACUAAAUAUUACGCAUUACAAAUUCUGGAGGAGGUAAUCAAAACACGCUGGAAAAUUCUGCCUCGUAAUCAGUGCGAAGGUAUAAAAAAAUAUGUGGUUGGUCUUAUAAUCAAAACCUCCUCGGAUGCAGCUACUAUGGAGGCGAACAAGGUGUAUUUGAAUAAGUUGAACAUAAUAUUGGUGCAAAUAUUGAAGCGUGAGUGGCCACGCAACUGGGAAACAUUUAUUAGCGACAUUGUUGGAGCUUCAAAGACAAAUGAAUCGUUAUGCAAGAACAAUAUGAUUAUUCUUAAAAAUCUAAGUGAAGAAGUUUUCGACUUCUCUCCUGGGCAAAUAACACAAACUAAAGCGAAACAUUUAAAGGACACUAUGUGUUCCGAAUUCUCGCAAAUUUUUCAGCUAUGCUCCUUUGUCCUCGAAAGUUCAAUGAAUGCCCCUCUUAUACAGGUUACUCUCGAAACACUUUUACGUUUUCUCAAUUGGAUACCUCUCGGAUACAUUUUCGAGACAACAUUAAUUGAAACACUAAUCUUUAAAUUCCUUAGCGUUCCGAUGUUUAGAAAUGUAACUCUUAAAUGUUUAUCUGAAAUCGCUGGUCUCACCGUUCCGGAUUACAACGAAAAUUUUGCAAAUCUUUUUAAAGAUACUAUGACACAGCUGGAUCAAAUGAUCAACCAAAAUACUAGCAUGAAUCAUAUAUAUGCCAAUGGCUGCGACAGCGAACAAGAGUUCGUUCAAAAUUUGGCAAUGUUCUUAUGCACAUUUCUUAAAGAACACGGCAAACUAGUUGAAGAUGUUAAAUAUGUCGAUUAUUUGAACCAAGCAUUACUUUACUUGGUAAUGAUAUCUGAAGUUGAAGAUGUCGAAGUUUUUAAAAUAUGCUUAGAGUACUGGAAUAGUUUGGUAGAGGACUUGUAUACCAGUGAAUCUUUUGGAGGUGGCUCGAAUGUUCAUUUAGGUCAAACCCUGGCCAGACGCAAUGCUGCUUUCCCACGACGUCGUUUCUAUUCCGAAAUAUUGUCAAAAGUUCGAUAUAUAAUGAUAUCACGCAUGGCUAAACCAGAAGAAGUUCUUGUUGUUGAAAAUGAAAAUGGAGAAGUCGUUCGUGAAUUCAUGAAAGACACGAAUGCCAUUAAUUUGUAUAAAAAUAUGCGCGAAGCACUUGUGUUCUUGACCCAUUUGGAUUAUGGUGAUACUGAACGAAUAAUGACAAUGAAGCUCUUAAAUCAGGUUAAUGGUACAGAAUUUUCAUGGAAAAACUUGAAUACGUUGUGCUGGGCUAUCGGUUCCAUAUCAGGUAAAUACUGUAUGAUUUUUUAA